AGUUAAUUUGAGCAAGAUCCUUGUUUUAUUGACUGGUUGCAAAAGCAAAACAAAAAACAAACCUGGUGUAAGAUUUGUAGAGUAUUCCUGAAGCGGUGCGGUGCCUUGUUUCUGCGAACAUUUGGCUGAGGUAUCUAUCUGGAAUCAUCUCUUUCUCUUCCUUCUGAGUUGCCACCGAGCGCUGUGCCACUUCGUUUUUUUACUCUGCUGUAAUAUCCAAUUCCUGCUUCCUCUUCCAAAUGAAUACCCAAUACAUCAAGCAACUGCUCCGUAAUUUCUGAGGCCUCUUGGGAAGGUAGAAGGGGAAAGAAGAUGGGAAAACAAGCUGUGUGCAUUGCACGGUUGGAAGCCACACACUCAUUGCAUGUGUCAUAGGCUCAUAUACCUUUAUCAACUGAGCAGUCUCAAGAGGACAAUCGAAAAUUUGUUUACUUGUAGAGUAUACAUCAUUUAUGCAAAAGAAUUGUUCAAAGAGGCCCAAUCGUCUGUCUUCAAUAGGACAUUUUGUGUUGUCAAUCUGGUUAUGGGUCAAUGCAGUAAUAGGUUCAUGGAGAACUGAUCUCACCAAGUGUCUUAUCCGAAUGGAUUCUACCAAAUUUUUUCUCAACAGAGAAAAACCACAUUGGAACUAUACGCAUAGUGUUUCCAACCAGCUUCAAUUGCAAAGGUCAAGAGCAGACAAGGUAGAAGAUAAGCUAAAAGAAGAGCAAGAAACACAACGGAUUUCUUUCAAAUCAGAAGUGAAGAAGGCGGAUGGAAAUGAUGGGAUUAGCAAAUACUGUUCUGAUGAUGAAGAUUCCUCAGAUAGUAAGUGGAAGUUGGAGCUGGCUUGGCUUACAAAGGCACUUGAACCAGCUCUGCAAUUUUGUAGGUGGGCUUUGCCAACAGGAAAUGAAAUUGGAAACAAACCCCCACCAAGCAUUCGAUCCCUUACGGAAAUAAUUGCCUGCAUCCAACGAAGUAAGAUUGGAAUCCAGGAUUGGAGCUUGAGUGACCUUACAAUUGGCUUGUAUCUGAUCUAUCUUCGUCAAGCUUCUACUCAUCCAUUUGAAGAUAUCAAAGGCAUUCCGAUAUUGUCAGAAUCCAUUGUUCAAGAUCUCAUUUAUCAUAUUGAGUUGGCUAAAGGUGCUUAUAGGGAUAACCCUUGUAGUAUUUCAAGGAACAGCAUGCUACGAGAAAGUAAUGUCAAAAAAUUUGUUAAAAACUCCAGUGUAAUGAGGCCUGCAUACUAUAUAGGGGUUGAUACCCGUAAAAAGCUUGUAAUUUUGGGCAUUCGAGGCACACAUACUUUUUAUGAUCUUAUCACUGAUAUUCUUUCCUCAAGUGAUGGUGAAGUCACCUAUGAAGGCUAUUCAACCCACUUUGGCACUGCUGAAUCUGCACGUUGGUUUCUCCGUCAUGAGAUUGAAAUCAUAAGAAAAUGCUUGGAGAAACAUGAGGGAUUUAAGUUAAGACUUGUGGGUCAUUCUCUGGGAGGGGCUAUAGCUUCUUUAUUGGCAAUAAUGAUCCAUAGAAAAUCAUCAAAGGAGCUGGGUUUUAGUCCUGACAUUGUAUCUGCUGUUGGAUAUGGAACUCCACCAUGUGUAUCUAGAGAACUUGCUGAAAGCUGCUCUGGCUAUGUAUCAACAGUUGUGAUGCAGGAUGAUAUUAUACCUAGAUUGAGUGUAGCUUCCCUAGCAAGGCUCCGAAAUGAAAUUGUUCAAACUGAUUGGAUGAGUGUAAUUGAGAAAGAAGACUGGAAAAGCAUCACAGAUUUGGUUACAAAUGCAAAGGAGGUUGUGUCUUCAGUGCAAGAUGUUGCUCGCAAACUUGCUGAUUAUACAAAUUUCAGGGGAAACAAAAGUUUAGCUGUUGGUACUACUGAUAAGGAGUUGCCAGUUGCUACCGAAGCACCUCUGCCCUCCGAAGCUGCAAAGGAGACUUCUGGUGUCACGAAAGUUGCGGGAACUAAAACUGCAGUGAUCGAGGAGUUAUUUAUACCUGGGACUGUUUACUAUCUUAAGAGGAACUUGGGAUCCCAAAUUGAUGCUGGAAAGGAUUUUUUCACCCUUUACAAGAGGGAGCCUGGUGAGCAUUUCCAGAAGGUAAUCUUUUCGGGGAAUUUUAUCACAGACCACAGAUGUGAUAGCCAUUAUUAUGCUUUGAGAGAUGUCCUUAAAGGUGUGCCAUGGUGUGGGAAGGAAGGGGGUGCCUUACAGUUCUUCAGUCUGUGCGGAGGUGUUAGCAAUAGCACAGUAGAUUAGAAGUUUGGCAAUUUAGGCUAAAAUACAUAAAAAAAUUGUGGAUAGUUUGGUUCUAUCAUAAAUAAAAAAAUGCUGAAUUGUUGUGUCUGUUUCCUUAAGGACUGACAUGCUGUUGUUCAUA